CAUCCCGGCCAUCCUCUUCUGUGUCAUCGUCGACCCUACGAUCACCGGGUCGCUCUGGCUGUCAGACCAUGCCUCAGCAAAGCGCUGCAGUCUGCUUUUUAAUGGCGAACGCUAGCUCGUUAGCUAAAUGACCCCUCUCUCUCUCUCUCUCUCUCUGUCUGUGUUGGCUGGAGCUCAGCGGCCAGCUAGCCAGCCUCAAGUCGGGGAAGGGACCUGGAUAAGCUAAGAAUAACCGACGUCGCUGCCCCCGGUGGAACAGUUUCUUAAAUGGUCACUACUGCAGAGCUCCAGCAUGCGUUAAAAGCAUAAUUGAAGCGAUGUUUCCCCAUUCAUAGCGUGUCGGCGCCGUGCCUGUGGCCGGAGGAGGCUUUGCUUUGCUUUGCCGUCGCUAGCGCGCUAGCUGGCUAACAGGAAUGCUAGUGCAGGAUCCUUAGCUGCCCCUGGUAGCAGGCUAACCCGCUGUAGCUUGUCCGCUUGUGUCAAAAACGAAGGAGUUAAUCCCGGUAUGGGGGACAUGAAGACCCCAGAUUUUGAUGACCUGUUGGCAGCAUUUGACAUUCCUGACAUAGAUGCCAAAGAGGCCAUCCAGUCUGCCCCAGAUGAAGCAGAGGGACCCCAUGGCGCUGCAGGUGCACCUCUGGGAAAGUCGGAUAACGUAGUGGGUGUUGGGUCAUCCUUGAGACCUCCGAGCCCUUCGGACCCGCAGGCGGACACCUCGAUUGUCAGUGUGAUUGUGAAGAAUAAGGUGCGCCUUGAGGCCGUAGAUGGGGCUGAUGGAGACACAGACCAGGACCCUAUUGAUGUGAUUGCAGGGGUAGAUGUGGGCCCCAGACUAGGUGCGUGUGCCCCCGGAAUGGCUGAAUCCGAGGCACUCAAUCACAAUGGUUUUGGGGCGUCUGGUGUCUCCACACCUCUUCCCCUCAGUCAGACCCAGUCUAACGGAGCGCCGUGGUCAAUGAACACCCCUAAAGUGUCUUCAGAAGCAGCUGGUGCGGCCAAGUCUCACAAGCAGGGCGGGAAUAUUUUCAACAGACUUAAACCGCUUGUGGCGCAGGGGUCUGGAGAUCCGGUGGGUCGGGCCAGGAAGAUGCAGCUUCUACAGCAGCAGCACCAACAGCAGCAGGAUACAGGCCAAGAGAGGGCGGAUGGGGUCAAAGCAUCGUUACCUUCAUCCUCCUCUCUAUCGGCUGGGUCGUCUCCUCUGGCUGCAGGGGGGCCUGUCGGACUAGCUUCGCCUUUUUUUCCACCUUCCAAGUCUCUGCUUUCCACUCCACCUUCUGCCCUCUCAUCACACCCUCUGCACUCAUCUCAGCCUUUUAACGGAGCCCCCAAAGGUGGCCCUGCUGGAUUUCAGCACCAGCAGAUGGAGGAAGAUGAUUCUGACCCUGAUUUGGGGAGUCCACUGGUAAUCCAAGAGAGCCCAGACUCCCCAACUUGCACUCAGCUGAGCCGACGUUACAAGUCUGACUCUGUCUCGACCCAGCCCAUGUCCUCUAGUGCUUCUCACCCUAAACCGGGGGACACUCCUUCAGGGGCAUCUCUGACUUCAUCAACACCCCAGUCUGGAUCAACAGAGAGUCCCCAACUGGAGGACAGGCAUCCAGAACACGUCAUAGAGGAGAGAGACUCCCCAGAGAGUCCUGAACCAGAGAUGCCAAAAUCAACUGCUCAAGUCGCAUCUAAGAGAUGCUCGAGCCCUGCAGUGGCCUCCACUCCACCUCCUCCUGAACUGCGGGAGCCCAAAGAGGAGGAGGAAGAGAUGGAAGUGGGGAAUGGGGUCGAGAGGGUCGCUGAUGGCAAAGCUGACAAGGGUGAAAACGCGAGAGCAAGUGAGGAGAAGAUGGAGGUAGAUGAUGGCAAGUCUAAACCUCUUUCCACUGACGGAGGAGAAGCAGGCGUUGCUGCAGCAACUGCUGCUUCUGGAGCUCCGUCCCGACCCCUCAAGGUCAGAAUAAAAACAAUAAAAACCUCCACAGGUGGAAUCACCAGAACUGUCACAAGGGUAGCGCCGAAAGGUGGCGCCGCGGGGAAAGGUUUGGACCCUAAAGGUCAAGCUGGGGAACGGAAGGUCCUGGGAAACAAGGCCCAGAAACUUGAAGCUUCCCCAGGUCACAUGACGACAACAACAUCCCAGAAAGUAAGUGCUCUCAACGCUCUGCCUGUGUCUACACUCGCCGCCAGCAGCGUCAUGCUAGCUGCCGCCACGAAGGUCCAGAACAAAAUGGCAGCAUCGGACAAGGCUAAGGUUUCUGCCACUGCUGUCAGCAUCACUAAAUCUGCUGCCCUGCCCGUGACGCCCGCCGUGGCCUCCUCUCCCAAGUUCUCAGUUGCUGCUGGUGGGAUCAGCGUCCGCACAGCCACGAAUAAGACAGCAAACGGAGGUAGCAGCACCAUCAUAGGCGGCACCCUCCAGCCAAACAAACCCGCUUCCAUCGUCAACAGCACCGGCGCCGUGAUCUCUCGCAGUCAGUCAAGCCUGGUGGAGGCUUUCAACAAAAUCCUGAACAGCAAGAACCUUUUGCCGAGCUACAAGCCCGACCUCUCGGCACCUCCGCCGCCUGAGUGGGGUCUCCCGCUCCCAGCCACAGGGUACCGCUGCCUGGAGUGCGGAGAUGCUUUCGCCCUGGAGCGCAGCCUGGCUCGACACUACGACAGACGAUCACUGCGCAUCGAGGUGACCUGCAACCAUUGUGCUAAGAGGCUGGCCUUUUUUAAUAAGUGCAGCCUGCUGCUGCAUGCCAGGGAGCAUAAGGAGCGUGGGCUGGUCAUGCAGUGCUCGCACCUGGUCAUGAGGCCUGUCACUGUGGAGCAGAUGAUUGGACAGCAGGACAUAACACCGAUUGGUGGCCUGCUCACCUCUUCGUCCUCCUCUCCUCCAGUCUCGUCACCUUCUACUGCCACCGGCGGCUCCGCCGCCUCUGCCAACUCCAGCCCGAUGAAGGAUGCUUCGGCUCCAGCGGCGGCUCAGCCUCGACCGGUGCGCCGCGCACCUCAGGGGCCUCAAGCGCUGAUGCCUCUGCCUUGCAAGAAGGCCGAGGGUCUGCAGUACAACAACUUCAAAUGUCCAGAGUGCCAAACACAAUUUUCCAGCAAGGCUGAGCUGGUCACCCACUUCCAGCAGAUCAGAGCUGCUCCCAACUCAACGUGUACGCAAUGCUCGCCUCCCAUGAUGCUGCCUAACUCGUGUGCCGUGUCCGCCCACCAGAGGAUCCAUAAACACAGAGCGCCUCACGUCUGUCCUGAGUGUGGCGGCAUCGCCCGGCAGGCCAGCUUCCAGACCCACCUGGAGGAGGCCUGUCUGCACUUUGCGAGGCGCAUUGGAUACAGGUGCUCGAGCUGCCAGGUCGUAUUCGGAGGGUUGAACUCCAUCAAGUCGCACAUCCAGACUGCCCACUGCGAGGUCUUCCACAAGUGCCCCAGCUGCCCCAUGGCCUUCAAGUCUUCCCCCAGCGCCCAGAGCCACAUCAGCACCCAGCACCCGACACUUACCGGAGGACAGGCCAAGAUGAUUUACAAGUGUGUGAUGUGUGACACCGUUUUUACCCAGAAGCCCUUGCUGUACAUGCACUUUGACACUCAUUUAGCCAAGCAGAAAGUGCAUGUGUUCAAGUGUCCUGACUGUACCAAGCUCUACGCCCAGAAAGGAUCGAUGAUGGAGCACAUUAAGACCGCUCACAGAGGACCUUCAGCCAAGCAGACAGAGUCUCAGUCCGAUGCCUCUAACGCUGCCUCGGCCCCGGCCAACACAUCCGGUCCCUCUGGCCUCAAGUCUAAAUCCUCUGGAAAACCUGACAACUCGGACGGCGAGGACUGGGGGCGGGAACAGGAGGAAGAAGAAGAAGAGGAGGAAGACGAUGACGACGACGAUGCGGACGAGGACUACGAGGCUCCGGGAGCUCACACGCCCGCCACGGGGGGCAGUACUCAACCCCCCGCCCAGACUGAGUGGACCUGCCCCCAGUGCCAGACCACCUUCACUGACAACGACGACUAUCUGGGUCACGUGAAGAUGGAGCACGGCAAGUUCCCUUGUCGUAUUUGUGGAGGCACGUUCAGCACGUCUUCCAGCCUGAGGCGUCACGAGCGUGUCAUUCAUGAGGGCAACAAAAGAGUCUUCCAUUGCCAAUAUUGCACAGAAGGCAAACGCACCUUUGGCAGUCGGUUCUUACUGGACAAACACAUUCGGCUCCAUCACAGAAGCACAGAUGGACAGGGUCCCCCCAUGACCAGGAAGCGUGCAGCCACAGGUGGAGAAGGACCAGGUAGCUCCUCAGAACAAGAUGGAGAGGGUGGACCUCCUGUAGGCAGGACAGGAGACGAGGAAGAGAACGCCACAGAGGACGGCGAGGAGGGUGUAGGUCCUGCAAAGAGAACCAGGGCAUCCAUCGCGUCAACAUCGGCGGCGCCCAACGAGCUCGAGGAGGAAGACAACGUCUUCCGUUGCGUGCCCUGUGGCUUCUCCACCGAGGACGGGGCGGAGUUCCAGCGCCACAUCCCCCAGCACCGCGCCGACACCGCCUCCUUCCAGUGCCUGCAGUGCGGCGUCUGCUUUGCGUCGGCCGGCUCGCUCAGCAGGCACCGCUUCAUCACUCACCGCGUGCGGGACACCCAGAGCGACGCCGACCGCGGCACCCCACGCGCUCACGGCUCUCCCGACGGCUCGCCCGCCGCCUCCCCUCAGGCGCUGGGCGAGGACGGAGAGGGGAAUCUGAGCUGCAAGGUGUGCGGCCGGCGUUUCGACAAGGCCUCGGACCUCAACACCCACUUCAGGACCCACGGCAUGGCCUUCCUCACCGCACACAAAACAGACAAACCCCAGUAGAAGGAGGGGAGCCUCUGAGACUUACAGAUGGUCUACAAACGAGGAGUCACGACGGAGGAGAGAGGCUGUAGAAUAUGAAUGUCGAUCCUGAGAUGAAACAGAGCUGCUUCCUGUGCAGCUUCUUUUUUAGCCACCAUAAACAGUUUUACUCUAUCUAUGGCACCUCUUCUGUGCAAUUGUAAUUGCAUGUUUGAUCAUGUUAUUGGUCACUUAACUAAACACACCUGUGAUAGACUCUUGAGUGGACAGGCUCUGGAACAGCCCCACCACCCUCCUCCCUGAGUAAAGCAUUUAUAUAUCAGCCAUACUGUGUCAACACAUCACGUCCUUCCAUUUCAGUCUCACUCUGCACUGACUGUAGCCACCUGCCUGUUUCAAUCAUGUAACACACUUAAAUACACACACCUCCAACUGUACUCCCGUCAGCUCUAGUGCCGAUAUUUUUGUACUUCACAUUGUUCAUCGUAUUCAUACUCGUUUGCCUCAUUCUUACGGCGUCGGAUCAGUUCUAACAGCUCCACGUUCGAGCUGCUUAAAACUGAUCCCAAAGCCAGGAUCUCAAGACGUCUGAAGCAUGAUGAAAGGGGGGGAGUGUUUGGAAGAAUCUGACACUGAUUUUUAUGUUGCUAUAAUAUUUAUUUAUACGAAACACAUUACUGCUGUUGGUAUUUUUGUGCGAGUCGGUUGCGUCAAAUCUUACUAGACACGGUGCGAUUUUACCUGCCACAGAGACAUGAGGCGAGGUUACCGGAGGUGUGUAACCUGUGUAGUGUGAAUAAUGUGUGAUGUUGUUAAUCGUUAAGCUAGAAGAGGAGAGGUCAGGCUUCCUGCCAGUAGUAUAUGUGUACGAGUUUUGCCAUGUAAAUACAUAUAAUUACACUAAAAGAAAGAAGCGUUCUGGUUUUAGUAACUUGCUAUGAUAAUGUGAAUACGUAUAGUAUUUGUACUUGUACUGUUCCCUUUUUUUUUUUCCAAACAAUUGAAGUUUAAAAGAAAAAAAAGAAUCCCCCCCCCCCCCCCCCCCCCCCCCCCAGAGGUAGCUAUACAUUGUAAUUAUAAAGCAGAGGGAGAGCGUGGGGGUCGUGUCGUCUUAAUGUGUAUGAAUACAAAUGUUUAUCUCUUUGAGACGGUUCUUUUUUUAUCUACAGAAUCAGUGCUUGCUGUAUUCACAUUUCUUUUGUAUGUUUCAAAAACAGCCUUCAUGGGCCUCUGAGUGGAUUUUUUUGUUUUUGUUUGUUUGUAUCUUUUUAUAUGUCAUGAUAUCAUAUUUAUAUAGCUCAAUAGUGGAAAAAUUUCAUGUCAUUUUCUUUUCCAUGGUUGUGGUCUGCUUGCUGAAAUGCCAUACACUUUUGUGCUGUUUCGAAAAUAAAUGUGUAAAAGAGACGUUGAGGGUCGCAUC